AUGGCGCAGUUCGAGACGAAGGGGGGCUUCGCCACGCUGGGCACUUGGCAGUUGAUGACAGACACUGCGCACAAGUCGGGCAUCAAGGUGUCGGAAUUCACGGGGGCAUCCACCGCCGAGGAGGUGGCCAAGGACUGGGAUGGGAAGGGAAAUGUUGUGAUCGUCACAGGGGCGUACGCGGGUCUGGGCAAGGAGGCGACGCGCGUGCUGGCGCUUCGCGGCGCCGAGGUGGUGAUGGCCGGGCGCAGCAAGGCCAAGGCGGACGCGGCCAUCGACGAGAUCAGGAAGGAAAACCCUGGCGCCAAGCUGCGGUUCAUGGAGCUGGACCUGUCCAGCCUGGCGUCCGUGAAGAAGUUCGCGGACGAUUUUCGCGCCACGGGCCUGGCGCCCAACGUGCUGGUGAACAAUGCGGGGAUCAUGCUGUGCCCGUUUGGCCUGUCCGCAGACGGGUAUGAGAUGCAGUUCGCCACGAACCACCUGGGGCACUUCCUGCUGACGCGCCUCCUGCUGCCGGACCUGGAGGCCGCGGCCAAGGCGUCAGGCGUGCAGUCCCGCGUGGUGAAUCUCUCCUCGCACGGGCACCACUCUCCCUACCCGGGUGGGCUGCGCUUUGGCGACCUUGUGGAGCCUAAAAAGGAGGGCUACGACGGCGGCAUGGCGUACGGGUCGUCUAAGUUGGCCAACAUCCUCUUCACCAGGGAACUGGACCAGAAGCUGAAGGACAAGAAAUCCGCAGUGGUCGCCGUGUGCUGCCACCCAGGCGUCGUGCCCACUGAGCUGGGGAGGCACAUGAACUCCUGGCUGUGGCCCAUUGUCUUUUGGAUCUUGAGCAAGAUCCUGCCAAGCUACAGGACGCUUCAACAGGGCGCCGCUUCUGAGGUGUACUUGUCCACUACUCCGGAGGUGGAGGGUGGCGAAUACUACAUGGAUUGUGCAAUCAUGCCGACCUCCAAGGAGGCCCUGGACAAGGCAAUGGCAUCCAAGCUAUGGGAUGUUAGCGAAGACAUGUGCAAAGACUAUGUGAAGAAGUGGUGA